AUGCAUCUUUUAAUAUUAUUACUGUUUACUUUAAGUUUUAAAUACGGAUUAACACAACAAAAUGUGGCUCAAGAAAGGCACGAUUAUUCGGGAUCAGCAAGUCCAGCUGAAAUGUAUGGACCUCAAAGGUUGAAAUCUGAUUAUAAACCUCUUCCUUGGAAAGAUAAGUUUCCCAGAUACGAUGCAAAUGUUACUGAGAUUCUUGAACUUCAUAAACUGACGGAAAAAGAACCCGAAUUUGAGCCAAUAUUAACUAGAAAACAAGAAAAAGGCGUAGAUAAUAGGGUCCCUAAGUUAAUUAGACCUGUUCAAGUCAGAUGCCCAAAAGGGUGGACUCCUUGGGGACCACUUUGUAUUGCUGAAGUAUCUCUGGGACCAAGAACUGAAUGUUUUGGGGAUAUGGGAAGAUUUGUUAGUUCUGCAUCAGGUACUCUCCCUAAACAAUCGUCUUUAUAUCCAGGAAUUUGCCAGGAAAAGAGAGAAAUUGGUCCAUCUUUGGCGUGCCCUGCUGGAAUGAAACUAAGACUUAAAUACGAGUCAGAAACUAAUUCAAAUACUGGAGAGGUGACCCCAGACAUCGUUUCUUGGGCAUGUGAAGGAUACCGUGUUAUUCCAUUUUCUGAAUUGGAUGGAGGAAUAUGUCCUGCAGGAUUUGUAAAUUCAAUUGAAGGUUGUAAAGCAUUUCAGGUUGUUCCACCAAUAGCAAUUUGUCCAGAUAAUUCUCAGCCUUCAUAUAUUGGUUCAAAUUUUGCUUUUAAUCAAAGAACAAAUAUGGUCUGCGAUAUUGUUAAAUACUCAAAAGGCAGAAUUUGGUGUCCAAAAGGUUUCAAUGUCAUUUUUCCUCCUGAAGCAUUGGAAAAGUACGAUUUUGGAGAAGAAAUUCCUGAGGAAGAAACAUAUAAAAUUAUUUCAGGAACUUAUGAUGAGAAUGAUCAGGUAUCAGAUGAAAUAGUUGAAGAUAUAUUUACAACUUUAAAUGAGUUUUCCGAAUUAAAUGAUAACCAAGAGUUCCCAAUCAAUUUUAAUGAUACCCGGAAAAGAGGACCUGACACUAUUUCAAACAAUCUAUUUACUUCUUCUUCUCAUUAUAUCAAGAAAAGUCAAGCAAAUAUCCAAGUGGCUCAAAUGAGAGGUAUGGGAAUCGAUAUGGACAAUAAUAUGGAGUUUGAAGGUUCUGAACCAGAAAGUAACUCAAAGAAUUGUAUUAAAGAGAAAGGAAUUUGUGGUGAUUCAAAAGGAUUACAAAAAGAUGAAGAUAACAACUUAGAGAACAAAAGGAAGUGGGAUAGCAUUAACAACAGUAAUAAUAUAAUGUUAAGAAGACUCCAGGAAAUGGCUAUGGGUGGAAGUUUGGAAACCCAAAUAUUCGAGCCUGGUUUAGAAAAAGAAUUGGAGUAUGGACCUUUAAGUGGUGUAUAUAUGGGGAAUUAUGGUAAUGUAUUUGGUAAACAAACAGAAGAGGAAAUACUUAUUUCUGCAAAUCUUGGACAACUUAUGGGUAGUGGUCAAGUUACAACUGCUCCACUUCUCCAAAUGGCUGAGAAAAAGCCAGUGAUGCCGAAAGAGCCAACUUGUUCUCUUGUUGUAGCGGUGCAUUCUACAAAUUGUACUCCCUUACAAUGCAAAUCACCUUUUUUGAAAGAGAUCAAUCAUGUUCUAAGAGACUGGGCAGUCUUUGUUCUACAGGCUGACCCUGAUUCUGGUUCUAACUUAAUACCUAACGGAAAAGAUCUACCAUUUACUAAUGCCGGUUAA